AUCAAAUAGAACAAAACGUCUGGGACAAGACUGGGGUCUCUGGGCUGGCACCGACUGCUGGGGAGAGCGCCCCCUGCUGCCCCCUGCAGCCCUGGCCCCCCAGCACAGUGACACCCCCUCCCCCCCGGAGUCAACGGCUCCUAUAGGCGGCAGAAGGGGAAGUGGCCGGUGUCUAUAAAGGCCGGGCCCCAGCUGCGGAAGGGGGAAGUGGCCUUGAGGCAUCGGCCUGGACUCCGGGGUCCAGCGUGGGAGGCCGAGACCGGAGCAAACAUGAGCUCCCAGAAGAAUCCACAAGGGGGCAAGGCCUUCGGGGCGCUGAAGGCCCAGCAGGAGGAGGGUCUGGACUCUCUCAAUAAGGAAUUCCUGGAUGACCCCAAAUACAGCACAGACGAAGACCUGCCGGAGAAGCUGGAGGCCUUCAAGAAGAAAUACAUGGAGUUCGACCUCAACGGAGAGGGGGACAUCGACAUCAUGGCUCUGAAGCGGAUGCUGGAGAAGCUGGGGGCGGCCAAGACCCACCUGGAGCUGAAGAAAAUGAUCACGGAGGUGACGGGCGGCCAGGGCGAGACCAUCAGCUACCGGGACUUCGUCCGCAUGAUGCUGGGCAAGCGCUCGGCCAUCUUCAAACUGAUCCUGAUGUAUGAAGACAAAGCCAAGGAGAAGGAGGAGAAGCCGGCCGGCCCCCCCGCCAAGAGGGCCAUCACUGACCUCCCCUAGCUGCCCCCGGCGCCCCCCCUCCGGGGGGCUGUUGGGGGCCCCGGGCAGGGAGCUUCUGCACCUCUGCUCUGGGGUUCCCCUGGUUCAUGUCACUGCUGGAAACCAAGCCACUAACAACGUCCGUGGGGGAGCAGGGGGGCAGCACCCAGGCUGGGGUGGCAGGGUUGGGGGGGCUGGGGGGCAGCCCGCAGGCUGGGGUGGCAGGGUUGGGAGGGCUGGGGAGUGCAGUUUUGCCGGACCCACUAGGGGGCAGCACAUCGGGGGAGCCUGGGGGGCAGGUCCUGGGGGAGGCUGGUUUUGCAGGGGGGCCCUGGGGGCCAGAGCUGAGCCCCCCCUCAGUUCACCUCGACAUGUCCCCUGGGCUGAGGAUCGUGACCUCUCUCCCACCCCCCCCCGCGCCCUCUUUGGCCCUAGCUCCUAACUCCCGCCAACCCUGCAAAGGAUUCUGGGAUUGUCAGACCUUAUCACACCUCCCCUAUGACUCCCGCCAACCCUGCAAAGGAUUCUGGGAUUGAUAGACCUUGUCACACACAGACCCCCCUCCCCCCCAUGACAUAUGCUAAGCCUGCAAAGGAUUCUGGGAUUGCCCCUCCCCCCAUGCCAGACUCACGCCAACCCCACAAAGGUUUCUGGGCCAGCCAAGGCGGGGGAGGUUAAAGGUCGAGAGCCCCUUGGUACUCAUGGGGUCGGUGUGAGGGGUGAAAGGUCAGGGGUCACAGGGGGUGACCCAUACGUGCGGCACUGUCAAUAAAGGCCUCUUAAUGAC